UUGUUUAACGCAGCGGAGAAGGGAAUUUAACAGGUGCGUAAUUAUCACUCGAGCAUGAAUCCCACUGGCUUCUUGCGUCUUCUCCAGUUCAGAAGCUCUCUGGAGAUCACGCGGGGAGCGCGCUAGUUGAUGGCACUGCGCGCCGGAAGGACUUUGUUGUGGUUUGGGCAGGUUUUUCGCAGAGUUUCGCGGCUGCAGGGCUUGUGGUCCCGGCGCUCCAGCCAGUCUGCUUUGUCUCUCCACCAGCCAGGACCACGAUCAAGGGACCUGUUACAACCGCAACCGGUGUCCGAAGACGCAGCAGCACUGCCCCUAUCCGCCCUUUACAGACUGCUGCUGCGCCUUCCCGGGGGAUAAGAGGGGACAUGAACCCCUCAGCCGCCGGUUCCUGCUGGCCAUGAAGAGGCAGAACGUGCGGACGCUGUCCCUGAUCGUCUGCACGUUCACCUAUCUGCUGGUCGGGGCCGCGGUGUUUGACGCGCUCGAGUCGGACUACGAGAUGCGGGAGAAGGAGCAGCUGGAGGCUGAGGAGAAGCGCCUUCAGGGCAAGUACAACAUCAGUGAGGAUGACUAUAAAAAGCUGGAGACCAUCAUCAUGGAGGCCGAGCCGCACAGAGCAGGGGUCCAGUGGAAAUUUGCAGGGUCCUUCUACUUUGCCAUCACUGUCAUAACCACCAUAGGUUAUGGUCAUGCGGCUCCAGGUACAGAUGCUGGAAAGGCGUUCUGCAUGUUUUACGCAGUGCUUGGGAUCCCUCUGACACUGGUGAUGUUCCAAAGCCUUGGAGAGAGAAUGAACACCUUCGUCAAGUACAUGCUGAAGCGGAUCAAAAAGUGCUGUGGGAUGCGCAUCACGGAAGUCUCAAUGGAGAACAUGGUCACCGUGGGCUUCUUUUCCUGCAUGGGAACGCUCUGCAUUGGCGCGGCAGCUUUCUCCCAUUACGAGGACUGGAGUUUCUUUCAGUCCUAUUACUAUUGUUUCAUAACGCUCACCACCAUCGGGUUCGGGGACUUUGUGGCCCUGCAGAAGAACAAAGCUUUGCAGAGAAAGCCACUUUAUGUGGCGUUCAGCUUCAUGUACAUCCUAGUUGGCCUGACGGUCAUCGGGGCCUUUCUAAACCUGGUGGUCCUUCGUUUCCUGACCAUGAACAGCGAAGACGAGCGGCGGGAUGCCGAGGAGAGAGCUUCCCUGGUGGGUAACCGCAGUAGCAUGAUCAUCCACAUCCAGGAGGACACGCUCCAGAGGAGUCGAAGGAGACGAGAACAGCAGCAGCAGCACUACAGAUCCGAGGUCAAUGAUCUCCAGUCCAUUUGCUCCUGCAUGCACUACCAUUCGCACGAGUUCGGGAGCUCAGUUGGCCUCGGGUUGGGAAUGGGAGGAGGAGGAUGCAGCGGCGGUGGCGCAUUUCAGCACCACAACUCGUUCGGCUCACAGUUGAGCCCCCAUCAGUACCAUCACUACCACUCAACGGUAUCCUACCGCAUAGAGGAGAUCUCGCCGAGCACCCUGAAAAACAGCUUCCUUCCCUCCCCCAUUAGCUCUGUCUCACCCGGGCUUCACAGCUUCACGGAAAACCUCCGGCUGAUGAGAAGACGCAAGUCCAUCUGA